AUGGAGAGACCGUCAUCAUCCCCAGAGACGAUCGGAGAUCCUGAGUCCCCACCUGACUCGCCCACCAUUGAGAGCUUAGCGGAGGAAGCCGAUGAUCCUAGCUCUCCUGAAUCGGCAGCAGAGUCGCAAGAUCAAAGCAAGAGGAAGAAGAAGAAGAAGAAAGACAGGAGAAAUCUUGAGGGCAGGAGGCAGAUGUCCAGAUCUGGAGAACUCAAAACCGCCACUAGUGUGGUCGCAGUGGCCCCCAAUUCCAAAUUUGUGAAGCUUCAAUCUUUCUUGAUGAAGCAGCAAGAAGACAGAAGCGCUGCAGGGAGAAUAGAACGACUUAUGAGGUCUACAAAGUACGAUGUCGCAACAGGUGUCAUUAUCAUGGUGGAUGUUGGGUUGAAUUGGAUGGACAUCGACAUCAGGGCAUCUGGGCGAGAUACUCCUUUGUGGCUUGAUGUCUCUGCGACCGUUUGCUUGGCAAUCUACACCAUAGAAAUGAUUGCUAUAACCGUCCUUCAUGGCCGUCGAGUUCUUCAGGAUAAAUGGUUUUUGUUGGACGUGGUCAUUGUGGGAUCCGGUCUCCUGCAGCUCUUCCUGAGUGCCAUUGGAAUAUCUGUGGAUGAGGUCACGCUCUUGAGAAUUUUGAGAGUCGUUCGAAUCAUGAGGCUUUUUCGCCUUUUCCGCAAAUUCCGCUUCCUGAAGGAGCUGAGGAAGCUCUUGAAGAUGACAGGGCUUUGCUUCAAGACUUUGUGCUGGUCCUUCCUUUUUUGCUUUGUGAUCAUGACAUCGUGGGCCAUGCUCGCUGUGGAGUUGUUGAGCCCCUUGAUGCCAGAGAUGAUCGCAAGGGGAGAAUGGGAGGAUUGCGAGUUUUGCACCAAGUCCUUAACUUCGGUCUUGUAUGCGAACCUGUUGAUCUUCAAGACCGUGGUGGCUGGUGAUAGUUGGGGUGACGUGGCAGUGCCUUUGAUUGAAGCUGACCCAUGGGUGGCGACCGGAAUAUUCAUUGGCUCCCACCUCACCAUUGUCUUCGGAGUGCUUAAUUUGGUGGUUGCAGUUGUCGUUGAUACUUUUGCCGAACAGCGCAUGCGAGAUGUGACGACCAUGGCAAUGGAAAUGGAUGAAGAUGCCGAGGAGGACCUACGAGACCUUGACAAGAUGUUCCUUGAAAUCGAUGCCAACAAUGACGGAACUUUGACCUUCGAUGAGCUCCUGGAAGGUGCAAUGAAAGUUCGCGAGUUUCAAAAUCGGCUGCGCGUAAUGGACAUCGACCAGAACGAUUUGCAGCAACUCUUUUUGAUGCUUGACCACGAUGGUGGUGGAACUAUUGAUCCGGACGAGUUCAAGAAAACCUUAUCACGAUGGGCAUUUGACUCCAAGACCACCACGCGCUUCGUACGUUACAACCUCCAGCAGCUGAUGAAUGAUCACAGCACAGCUGCCACCAAGAUUGCUCAAAUGGAAAUGCGCUUAGAAGCGGCCAUUGCGUCGACCGAACGCAAUGUCCGCAAGAGGACCCACUUGUCUCACCGAAGAAGGAGACACCGUGGGUCCAACUCACACCCACAAGCAGGCAGGUUUGUAUCAAAGCUUGGCAUGCGAUCAGUGAUAGGUCUUAACAUGUGUGCAUGA